GGCUGCAGUCAAUGUACGGAUCUCCUCUCAUUGUUUACAUUUCGAAACGGUAUGUUCCCUGUGUUUUCGAGGCUGUCAUUGAUACAGGAUCAAACCUAACAUCGCAACGACGAUAAAUGUCACUAAAUUAAUGUGAAAAGAUUCUCCCCGAGGCAGUAUCAAGCCGACAAGCGGCGAACUAGCCCUGUAUGCUAACUAACCCAGCUCCAUCUUUACUGUAUCGCCCCGUUUAUCCAGCGAUGGCAAGUUAGUCUUCAUGUUUCAGUUGGCUUUCCUACUGCUCCGAUCUCAAGGACAACCAAAUGACUGAGGAGGUAUAGCGUUAGGUGAGCCUGAAGGCCAGACAAGAUCUUCAUUUGAGGAAUAUCGCAGUCUUCUCUUCUAGGGUGCACAAUGUUCGGUGUGCCUCAGAGCUCCAAGUCCGAGUUCCUGGACAAAGCCCGGCAGGCCAGGGAGGAGAGGAAGGGGCAGAAGGACAAGGAGAAGGCAGCAAUCAACAUCCAAGCUCUGGUCAGGAGAUUUCUCUGUCGCUGCAGACUCCAGAAGCAAAUAAGGAAAGAGGUUGAUGACUAUUUUCAUGCCUCUGAAACUGGGACGUCAAAAAGAAAUGCACUUUCAAUUUUCAGAAUUGCUCGGAAAUUACUGUUCAUAUAUCGCCAAGAGGAUAAGAUGAGGUUCGAGAAGCUUUGUCGUGCUAUUCUUGCCAGCAUGGAGGUUGAAAAUGAGCCUAAAGUCUGGUAUGUCUCCUUGGCUCUCUCCAAAGACCUCACUAUUCCCUGGCUCAAGCAGAUAAAAGAUGUACUGUGGACUUGCUGUCAGCUACUGAAAAAUUUAAAGCCUGACAUACUUCAGGACAAUAAAUUGGUAACUCUGUACCUCACUGUGCUGGUGACCUUCACGGACACUUCAACCUGGCGGAUAAUCCGAGGGAAGGGAGAAGCUCUCAGACCUGCAUUGAUGAGGAUCUGUGAAAAUAUCAUGGGCCAUCUCAAUCAAAAGGGAUUCUAUUCAAUACUCCAGAUCUUGCUGACCAAUGGCUUGGCUCGUUCUAAACCAUCUCUGUCCAAAGGCACUCUAACAGCUAUUUUCACUUUGUCAUUAAGGCCUGUCAUCGCUGCUCACUUCUCCGAUAACCUGCUAAGAUCAUUCCUCAUCCACAUCAUGUCCGUUCCAGCUGUUGUAUACCACCUCAAUGUGCUCACUCCAGAGUGUAUGGCGUCCAUUCAGACGCAUGACCUCCUGCGGAAGUUCAUCUUGUUUCUCAGCCGGGAAGAACAGUGUUCGGACAUCUGUGUCUGUCUUGAGGGGAGCCACACACUCUGCUUACUUGGCAACCUGAUUCACUUGGGUUACCUUAAUGAGAAAGUCCUUGAAGAGGAGGCCAGUCAUUUUGUGAAGGACCUGACUGACAUGCUGUCCUACUGCCAGAGAUAUGUAUCCCAAAAGAAGUCUAACCUUACCCACUGGCAUCCUGUCCUGGGAUGGUUCUCACAAACAGUGGACUACGGCCUGAAUGAGUCAAUGCCGCUGGUCACCAAGCAGCUUCAGUACCUGUGGGGUGUUUCUGUCAUUCGAACGCUCUUCAGUGACGUCCUCUCUAAAAAGCUGGAGAGCCAGGAGCCCACUCCCCCACCUCCACAGCCUAGCACAUCACAAAACAAUCUACCAGUUAAAAACCUCUUCAAGCGAGCAUUUCAGAAGUCGGCUUCUGUGAGAAACAUCCUGAAACCAGUAGGGGGGAAACGAGUCGACUCUGCUGAAGUUCAGAAGGUGUGCAGCAUCUGUGUGCUCUACCAGACAGCUCUGUCUACGCUGACACAAAUACGCCUCCAGAUCCUCACUGGUCUGACACAUCUUGAUGAUCUUUUGCCCAAACUUUGGGCCUUCAUCUGUGAGCUUGGUCCUCAGGGAGGCCUUAAACUCUUCAUGGAGUGUCUGAACAAUGACACUGAAGAGUCCAAGCAGCUCCUGUCUAUGCUUAUGCUUUUCUGCGACUGCUCACGGCACCUAAUCACAAUUCUGGAUGACAUUGAAGUCUAUGAGGAACAAACAUCUUUCAAGAUAGAGGAACUCAUCACUAUCUCCUCAUUUCUGAACACAUUUGUGUACAAGAUGAUAUGGGAUGGCAUCUUAGAAAAUGCUAAGGGAGAGAAACUGGAGUUGUUCCACAGUGUUCAUGGUUGGCUCAUGGUGCUUUAUGAGCGAGACUGCAGGCGAAGGUUCACCCCUGAUGACCACUGGCUACGCAAGGACCUGAAGCCCAGUCUGUUGUUCCAAGAGCUGGAGAAAGGAAAGAAAAGAGCCCAGCUUUUACUGCAGUACAUCCCACACGUCAUUCCACAUAAAAACAGGGUGCUGCUGUUCAGGAACAUCGUUACAAAGGAAAAAGAAAAUUUAGGAUUGGUAGAAACAAGCUCUGCUUCACCACAUGUCACCCAUAUUACCAUUCGUCGCUCACGGAUGUUGGAGGAUGGAUAUGACCAGCUCCGUCGGCUGCCAGUGAAUUCUAUAAAAGGCGUCAUUCGUGUGAAGUUUGUUAAUGACCUGGGAGUGGACGAGGCUGGUAUCGACCAGGAUGGUGUCUUCAAAGAGUUCCUAGAGGAGAUCAUUAAGAAAGUGUUCAAUCCUGCUCUCAACCUCUUCAAGACUACCAGUGGAAAUGAAAGGCUGUAUCCUUCACCCACCUCUUACAUCCAUGAGAACCAUUUGCAGCUGUUUGAGUUUGUGGGGAAGAUGCUUGGGAAAGCUGUCUACGAAGGCAUCGUUGUGGACGUCCCGUUUGCCUCCUUCUUCCUCAGUCAAGUCUUGGGUCACCACCACAGCACUUUCUACAGCUCCAUCGACGAGCUUCCUUCACUGGACUCUGAGUUUUACAAGAACCUCACGUCCAUCAAGCGGUACGAUGGAGAUGUAGGGGAUCUAGGACUGACGUUAUCCUAUGAUGAGGAUGUCAUGGGGCAGCUUGUCUGUCAUGAGCUGAUACCUGGGGGGAAAACCAUGCCAGUCACCAAUGAAAACAAGAUCAGCUACAUCCACCUCAUGGCUCACUUCCGGAUGCACACGCAGAUUAAGGAGCAAACUGCAGCUUUCAUUCGAGGCUUCCGCAGCAUCAUUAACCCAGAGUGGCUGCACAUGUUUUCCACACCUGAGGUUCAGCGCCUUGUCUCAGGAGACAAUGCUGAGAUUGAUCUAGAUGACCUCAAGAAACACACAGUCUACUAUGGAGGAUUUCACAGCAGCCAUCGUGUCAUCAUCUGGCUGUGGGAUAUCCUGUCCAGUGACUUCAAUGCUGAAGAGAGGGCUAUGUUCCUUAAAUUUGUUACCAGCUGUUCAAGGCCACCUCUUCUAGGUUUCGCCUACCUCAAACCACCUUUCUCCAUCCGUUGUGUGGAAGUUUCAGAUGAUCAGGACACCGGAGACACCCUCGGCAGUGUUCUGAGGGGCUUUUUCACUAUCCGCAAGAAGGAACCCGGUGGUCGACUUCCCACUUCAUCAACCUGCUUCAACCUGCUCAAGCUGCCCAACUACAGCAAGAAGAGCAUCCUGCGUGACAAGCUGCGUUACGCUAUCAGUAUGAACACAGGCUUUGAGCUCUCCUAACUCAUAUGCAUCAGGACAAUCUGCACAGGAAACUUGUGUUGAACAGCCUGAACCAAGCAAGAGGCUCGGCUUACCUGGACUAGAGCCUGUCACGUCAAAGGGGCAUCAUCUAAACAAAAGGGGAAUGAUGACGGACUACAAAGUCUCCUUUUGUCUCUUUAAAACUGGAUGAGCUCUGCUCUACUACAGCUCACCCCCCCCCCC